AUGUAUGCAGUGAUGUUGUUUGGUUGAGGUGACUGUGUUUGUGUUCUAUGCAUAAAACUCACAGGACUAAAGCUACAUUUGAUGUGCAUACUCCACAGUUUCUGUCGGGGAUAACUUCCACAGUUGUUCCCCCCAUGACAUUAGGACUACCUGUGAUAGUCCAUUCUGCAAUUAUGGUGCCCUUAAUAAAGAUUUGCAUUUGCCUUUUUUGCUAUAAAGGUCAAUUCUGUGCAAAAUAUUGUAUUCAACUUUGUUUAUUUUCAGUUUAUUAUUAGGGGCCAAAUUCCAAAAGUGCAUAGGAACACUUCUACUUCUGCUUAUUAGAGGUCAAGCAUAUAGUGCCUGGAACCCUAUUGUUUUGUUAGGACAUUAUUGUUACAAGCAAAAUUGUCUGUUUAUUAUUAAUAUUCCAUAAGUAGUCAUUUGAUGUUUAGCUCUUCUUAAGCCUGUUUAAAACUGGAGUGGUGGCAUAUCCUCAUCCUACUUGACCUCUCUGCUGCUUUCGACACUGUGAACCAUCAGAUCCUCCUGUCAACUCUCUCCAGCCUGAGCAUCACUGGAACGGUUCUGUGCUGGGUGGAAUCCUAUCUCUCUGACAGAUCCUUCAAGGUAUCAUGGAGGGGAGGUAUUUCUGAAACUCAGCAACUCACAACUGGCGUUCCACAGGGGUCAGUUCUGGGUCCACUCCUCUUUUCUAUCUACACUACAUCUCUAGGGCAGACAUCUUGGUCUGGAUGAAGGAAAACCAUCUUAAACUUAACCUGGCAAAAUCUGAGCUUCUCGUCAUCCCAGCCUGUCCCUCAAUCAACCACAACCUCACUGUACAGCUCGGCUCACUCACACUCAUGCCAACCAGGACGGCCAAGAACCUUGGGGUGAUUCUUGAUGACGGCUUGACCUUUGCAGACCAUAUCUCAGCAACUGCAAGGUCCUGUAGGUUCAUCCUUUACAACAUCAAGAAAAUCCGACCCUACAUCACCAAACAGGCUACACAGAUUCUAGUCCAGGCUCUUGUUAUCUCUAAACUGGACUACUGCAACUCACUGCUUUCAGGCCUCCCAGCCAGGUCCAUCAAACCCCUUGAGAUGAUUCAGAAUGCUGCAGCGCGACUCGUCUUCAACCAGUCCAAGAGAACCCAUGUCACACCCCUCUUCAUCUGCCUCCACUGGCUUCCUGUAGCUACCCGCAUCAAGUUCAAGGCCUUGAUGCUCACCUACAAGACCUUGUCAGGAACAGCACCCUCCUACCUCAACUCUCUCCUGAAGGCCUACGUUCCCUCUCGCAAUCUGAGAUCGAUUAGCGACCGACGUUUAGCAGUUCCAACUCAGCGUGGCGCAAGGUCCCUUUCCAGAACCUUCACACUAACUGUUCCUCAGUGGUGGAAUGCACUUCCAAUCUCAGUCCGGACCGCAGAAUCUCUCACCAUCUUCAAAAAACAGCUAAAGACCCACCUCUUCUAUGAACACCUAACCAACUCAUAAUAAAAAAUUAUUAUUAAAUUUUUUUUUUUUUUUUUUUUUUUUUUUUUUUUUUUAAAUGCACUUACACCUCUACUCUGCACUUUGCUUCUUCUGGAAUUCAAUUAAUAGAUCUUGUAUGGUAGCACUUCUUGUAUUGUUCUCUGCUUGAUAUAUCGCUUUGCUUGUAUCUUUCUCAUUUGUAAGUCGCUUUGGAUAAAAGCGUCUGCUAAGUGAAUAAAUGUAAUGUAAUGUAAAUGUAAUGUAAUAUCCAACAUACUGUCAUGUUAAUCAAAAUGACCUUUGACUCUGGACACUGGCUGCUGUUUAAAUAAAUAAAUAAAUAAAAAAGCAUGUUUCUGCAUAACGUUGUGAUUUAGGCAGAAACAUUAAAAUAUAAUAUUUUGGGUUCUUAAGAUUGAGUCCCUGGCCAAAAUUGCUUUACUAAGGCAGGAACGCAAGAAUCCCACUUUCCAUCUCACUAAAAGAACGUGUCACUUGAUGGUGGAGGCGUUAUGUUUUCGGGCGUUAUGUCCAACCAUGUGUGCAUCCACUUGAGAUAUUCAUUAGUGCAAUAUUUUGAAUGAGUUGUUGAAUUUUUGUAUGAUAGUAAAUGCUAAAUGGUCUGCACUUAUAUAGCACUUUUUAAAAUAUUUUUUUUUAACCUUAGCAGUUCUACAAAGCGAUUUACACUGUUUCUCAUUCUCACACACACACACACCAGUGAUAGCAGAGCUGCCAUGCAAGGUGCUAGCUUGCCAUCGGAAGCAACUUAGGGUUCAGUGUCUUGCCUGAGGACACUUUGGCAUGUGGAGUCAUGUGGGCCGGGAAUUGAACCGCCAACCCUACGAAUAGUGGACAACCCACUCUACUACCUGAGCCACAGCCGCCCAUGAUCUAUUUGGAAUUAUGAUUGUAACUAGCAGAUAAACUGAUUAGAUUUUGAAAUUGUUCCAAACAGGGUCAAGGUCACAGCAAGGUCAAAUGUCUGAAAUAGAUUUGUUUUACUUUUGUUUUUUUCCUUAGGUCCUGGGUGUAAAUGGUGUAGUCAUUUAUGAAUAUUUCACUGUACAGAAUGGAUGUUGCUUCUGUAUAGUUAUAAAUGUAUUUAAUGUUGUGUG